AUGUCAGCGGGGGCGUUGCCCUCGAUCGCGGAUAUCGCUGCUCCAUCGACUGGACAUGUACACGGUCAUAGCCGUGGUCGCGGCCACGGUCACAAUCGAUCUGCUCGCUGGGCGCAACCACCACCUCCCCUCUCGCAGGGACAUUCCUAUGCCAGCAGCCCACCACAAUCGGAGUCGACCGGCGCUGUGAAUGCUAGCUACUCGUAUAGUCAUGCCUCACAGCCGUCCGUGUCUCAUAACCAUCAUCAUUCAGAAUCCUCCCACUCGAUCGGGCAGCAACAUCAUACCAAUACCGCGUCCUCGAUUCAUCACGAUGCGUCGCAUACGCAUGAUCAUGGCCACGACCACGACCACCACCACCACCACCACGCUCAUGACCGGAAACCAGACUCGCUGGCGCAAGCGGGGCAUAAUUCAAAGUUGUUACACGAGAUAUAUACCGGCUCUCUCGUCGCAUUGCCUUGGAUUGCCCUAUCUUGGUACUCCAGGAGCUGCACGCAGACAGAAAUUCCUGAAGAUCCAACAACCGCAUCAAUUGGGUCGCUCGAGCAAGUUGGAUCAAAAGUCGGACUCAUGACCGCAAUGACCCUCCUCGCCUUCGGUUGUGGACAGAUCGUGAGCAAGAAUUACCUACAAGGCGGUUCUCUAAGCACCACGUCCAUCAAAUUGCCAGUACCCAGCGCAAAAACAGCUCACUUGGCUUUGCAGCAGGUCUUUUCUGUGGGACUGCCAAUCUACGCUGCAUUGAAGGUUGGAGGCUUCCUGGUCGCUUUUGCUCUUCUUCUUGCAUCGGCCUCUGGGUUGCCGAACCUGGUGAACAUCGUCUCUCAAAAUGGGCCCUCUGAGAGAUACAGCAAAAAGGUUUUCACCACUGCGCUCUUGGUGACGGUCGUCCUUUUGAGCUUUGUUGGCAUGAACCAGCCUUGGGGCUCCUCGCCGCUCAUGGGAUAUACGGCACUUUUGACAUCAGUCUUUGUUAUUCCCCCUCCCUUUCCCACACUUCGUCGCCAGGGACCCAUUCCAGAGCCGGGUCUCGUUGCGGAGUCUAUGGCUCAGCAGAGCAAGGCCUCAGAUGCCGGCCAAUCAUCUGUCAUUAUUCCGACCGAUGCACCACUCGCGCUGAUCACUGGAGCUUCUCUGGCCGGGUUGACUGUAAUUUUCGGUCGUGGCUUGCCAUUCAGCACCUCGGAGCUGAUCUACCUUUUGCCUGCCGCGGUUUCAUUUGCGACGUCUUUGAUGAUCUGGUUCCCCUCGGGCCUUCGUUCCCCUGAUAAAGUCGGCCUCGCUGUCUGCACUGCGACAGCGGCUCUGCUCUGUUCUCCUCAUAUCAAGGAUGAUUUCCUGUUUGUUUAUGCCGCGCGCGGUAUCCUCGCUGGCGUCUCAUUCUUCGCUGCCAGAAUGGACGACAGCCAACUCCGCCUAGAUGCUCAUUCGCACACUCAUGCCCGUACUCACCACCACCACGGACAUUCUUCCCAUGGAGGCACAGAAACCUUACGAGUCACAAAGUGGCUAAUCCAUCGCAGUGAGGAUUAUCCAUUGUUACACAGCAUUCUCAAGGAGAGAGAUUCUCGCAGUAUCUUCUACUUCAUGUGCCUAAACUUUACUUUCAUGCUGGUUCAGCUGUCAUACGGCUUCGUCACGGGCUCUCUCGGUCUGCUCAGUGAUAGUAUUCACAUGUUCUUCGAUUGCCUUGCUCUCGUUGUUGGACUUUGCGCUUCUGUGAUGAGCAAAUGGCCGCCCAAUGCGCGGUUUCCAUAUGGCUAUGGCAAGGUUGACACCUUGUCUGGGUUUGCCAAUGGUAUCUUCCUCAUGAUCAUCAGUGUGGAGAUCAUCUACGAAGCGGUGGAACGGCUGUCUUCAGGCAGUCAGAUGCACCGCAUCGGUGAAUUGCUAGCUGUCAGUGUCGCUGGUCUCCUUGUCAAUCUGGUCGGCAUUUUCAGCUUCGAGCACGGACAUCACCACCAUGGUCACGAUCACGGCCAUGACCACGCUCAUGGCAAUGAGAAUAUGCAUGGAAUUUUCUUGCACAUUCUCGCCGAUACGCUUGGCUCGGUGGCAGUGGUGAUUUCGACCAUUCUGGUGCACUAUUCAGGGUGGUCCGGCUAUGACCCUCUAGCGUCAUGCUUUAUCGCCAUCUUGAUCUUUGCCUCGGCGGUACCGUUGGUCAGUAGUACGGCCAAAACUUUACUUUUAACUUUACCGGCGGAUACCGAGUAUAAUGUUCGUGAAACCCUGGCCGGAGUGAGUACUCUACGAGGGGUUGUGAGCUACACCGUGCCCAAAUUCUGGCUCGAUGAUACCAGCUCUUCGUCUUCAGGUCAUGGCCACGCUCAUGAUCAUUCCGGCCAUGGCGGUUGUGAUGAUAAUCACAGCCAUAGCCACAACCAUAGCCACAACCAUAGCCACAGUCAUAGCCACAGCCAUCACGAUCACACUCACAGUCAUGGCCAUAAUCAUGACCACACCCACGAUCACGACCACGACCACGUGCAUGAACACAAGAAUCAGAAAGUUCUAGGAGUGAUUCACGUGGUUGCCUCCCGAGGCGCGGAUCUUGAAGACGUUCGUCAGCGGACCGUGAAUUACCUUCGUGAAAAGGAUAUGGAUAUUGUGGUUCAAGUGGAGCGCGAUGGAGAUUGCCGUUGCUGGUGCGGGGGUGGAGGCAAAAAAGUCCCUGAGUGA